UAUGAAGUUGCUGGACGCUAAAGUACUUAGUACAGUCUAGUUUUUGUUUGUGUUGUGAGUUCUAGUUAGAUAGUGUAUGACUGCCGUUAAAACAAUGAGAGUAAAGAGUUGAGAAGUUUCAAUGUGAAUUGAUGUAGUUGGCAGCUAAAACUUUUACUAAUAUUUACUAGUCAUUAGAAUUUUAUAAAUGUUUAAAUUUUAAUUCAUUUAAUACUCAUUGUAAUGAAAAAUAUAAAUAAUUAAAAGUGAACAGUAGACACAUCUUUAUUUUUGUCUGGUUGAGAAGGAUAUUUGAAGGAUUUUGAUAUUGCAGCUAACAAUUUUAGCAAUAAGGUUCUAUACAAUUCAUGUAAAAUGGUUUCUGAAAAGAUGAGAUCAAAGAUAAUGACAGCACUACCUUUAGUGUUGUUGUUGGUCUCGAUUCCGCUGUCUCUGAUUCUUUGGCUUGGAAACAUGGCAUUUACCGCCUUUUGGCAAGGUGACAAUGAAACAAUAGCGCCCACGAGAUGGUUGUUUUCAGUAAUAACACCUAUCUUUUUUGCUGCGUAUGGGCUGAAGAAGAAGAGUUUAAGUAUCAGUGGUGCAAUUCUUGGACUAUUUAUUGGGUUUAUCCUCACCCUAAGCAGCUACCUGUUCCUGGUCUGUCUGAUGACAUUCUUUGUCACUUCCAGCAGAGCUACCAAGUUUCGCAGUAAACUGAAGAACAAAUUUGAGGACGGAUUUAAAGAAGGAGGACAACGCAACUGGGUACAGGUGUUGUGUAACAGUGGCAUGGCUCUACAGUUGGCAUUCCUGUACAUCCUAGACUCAGGCUGCGGAGAGAGGCCAAUAGACUUCCAUGACGAUUACCGUGGGUCUUGGCUUGCCCUUGGAAUUGUCGGAGUGUUGGCUUGCUGUAAUGGUGACACGUGGGCAUCUGAACUGGGCACCGUGGUGGGCAGCAGCAGCCCAUUCCUUGUUACUACGGGCCGCCGGGUCCCCAGAGGCACCAAUGGUGGGGUCUCACCUGCCGGGUUGCUGUUCAGUCUGUUCGGUGGCUUGGUGAUUGGUGCAGCCUACUAUUUGGCUGUAUGGUACCUCGUGGAUCCGGUGCAACUGGCGCGCAGUCCGGUGCAGUGGCCGAUCAUUCUGUGGGGUGCCUUUGCCGGUCUUGCUGGUAGCUUGGUGGACUCCUUCCUGGGUGCCACCGUACAGUUUUCAGGUCUUGACAAGCGCACACAGCGCAUCGUAGAGGUGCCGGGGCCGGGUGUCAAGCACAUCAGUGGCAUCAGUAUUUUGGACAACCACAGUGUCAAUUUGCUGUCUAGCAUCGUGAUGGGACUUGUUACACCCAUCCUGGCCAAUUUGCUCUGGCCGUAGGCUGCAAAGCUUAAACAAUGGAACCAUUCAUGUUGCCAUGUGACCUCCCACCUCAGCCUGUGAGCAUUGUGAUAGGUGUAUUUGUGUAUAAUCAUUUGUAAAUAUUUUUAUGGACUAUUGUCAUUUUUGGAAUAAAAUGUACAAAACAGUUAUUUUUUA